AUCUGUACGUGCUCUUAAUGCUGGAAAGGAUGGCUCUACUGCGCAUGUGUAGAAGUAAAGGCGGCAACUCGCAACGCUAAUGGCGGCCGUUUGUUUUGUUCCUUCUGAUAAAGACAGUUUCUCGGUUAUUCCACCGUGUUUGUACACACUUAGUUCUUGUUAAUUUUGAUCUUAGAGCGGGCCCUGUGUGUUUGUCACAACGCACUUGACACGCACAUACGCCUUUUGAAAGGCGUCGUGAAAUGACGUCAUGGCGUCAGCACGUCACGUGUGGUUGAGUCUCGGCGGUUUCUAGUGCGUGCUAUUAGUAUUUUACUUUGUACAUAUAAUAAAUGUCUCGGUAAGGAUAUGACUUACCACAUACAGUAAGUAUGUCGCUAGUGUAGUAAGUAUCUUACUUAAUUUUAGUAUGCCUGGCGCGAAGUGGGCCGCCAGUACCCGGAUGUUGCCGUCCACAAGCCGAGAAAGGUGAUUCAACCAUCGAGUGGUCGCCAUUCACAUGCUUCAAAAUGGAAAAAAGGAGGCAAAGUCAUCAUUGUGGUCGUCAUCCAAGCCAUGGGAGGAAGCGUGAAAAAGAGGACAAACGGACUCUGAGUGCUGAUAGAACUAAAAGGAGGAGUUCAAAGAAGAGUGAAGAUGAAGAAGACGAUGAGAGCUUUGGAGUAUGGAGUUCAGAGAGUGAAGAUGAAGAAGACGAUGAGAGCAUUAGAGUAUGCCAUGGGAGGAAGCGUGAAAAAAAGGACAAACGGACUCUGAGUGCUGAUAGAACUAAAAGGAGGAGUUCAAAGAAGAAUGAAGAUGAUGAAGACGAUGAGAGCAUUAGAGUAUGCCAUGGGAGGAAGCGUGAAAAAGAGGACAAACGGACUCCGAGUGCUGAUAGAACUAAAAGGAGGAGUUCAAAGAAGAGUGAAGAAGACGAUGAGAGCAUUAGAGUAUGCCAUGGGAGGAAGCGUGAAAAAGAGGACAAACGGACUCCGAGUGCUGAUAGAACUAAAAGGAGGAGUUCAAAGAAGAGUGAAGAUGAAGAAGAAGAUGAGAGCAUUAGAGUAUGCCAUGGGAGGAAGCGUGAAAAAGAGGACAAACGGACUCCGAGUGCUGAUAGAACUAAAAGGAGGAGUUCAAAGAAGAGUGAAGAUGAAGAAAAUAAUGAGAGCAUUAGAGUAUGCCAUGGGAGGAAGCGUGAAAAAAAGGACAAACGGACUCCGAGUGCUGAUAGAACUAAAAGGAGGAGUUCAAAGAAGAGUGAAGAUGAAGAAAAUAAUGAGAGCAUUAGAGUAUGCCAUGGGAGGAAGCGUGAAAAAGAGGACAAACGGACUCCGAGUGCUGAUAGAACUAAAAGGAGGAGUUCAAAGAGUGAAGAUGAAGAAGGCGAUGGGAGCAUUAGAGUAUGCCAUGGGAGGAAGCGUGAAAAAGAGGACAAACGGACUCCGAGUGCUGAUAGAACUAAAAGGAGGAGUUCAAAGAAGAGUGAAGAUGAAGAAGGCGAUGAGAGCCUUGGAGUAUGCCAUGGGAGGAAGCGUGAAAAAGAGGACAAACGGACUCCGAGUGCUGAUAGAACUAAAAGGAGGAAUUCAAAGAGUGACGAUGAAGAAGGCUAUGAAUGCUUUGGAAUAUGCCACGGGAGGAAGCGUGGAAAAGAGGACAAAUGGACUCUGAGUCCUGAUAGAGCUAAAAGGAGGAGUUUAAAGAAGAGACAAGAUGAAGGCGAUGAGAGAGUUGGAAUAUGGUAUUUGCCGAAGAGGGCAGAAGAACCCCCUGUAACCCCUAGAGGGACAAGCAGUAGAAAAUGUAUGGAUGGAUAUAUCCAAGAAGAACCGCAGCGCGAACCGCGGCACGAGCCGCAGCGCGAACCGCGGCACGAGCCGCAGCGCGAACAGCAGCCCGUCGGUGCUGACAGCAUUGAAAUAAGUUUAGUGCCUGAGAGGCCUGACGUGGAAAGAGGCGUCGCGAGUCCCCCGCCCACCGUGGCGUCGUGCAUGAUGGCUCCGUGCAAAGGCGUGUUCUGUUUGACGGGCUUCCUGGUUCUAUUCAGCUGCGUGGUGAUCGGCCUGGCCGUGGUUAACUCCAAGCUGGACCAGGUCAGGAACCAGCUGAGCGCCACCGACGACGUCCGGCGCCGCAUGAACAAGAUCCUGUUUGAGCAGCGGCAGCUCGUUGACAAGCACCAGAGCAUCUUGCUGGAGGUGGAGCGCUCCAUAGGACUGAUCGCCAAAUCCACCAAGCAAGUGGUCUUGCUGGAAAAGGUCCACGUGGAGUACCAGCUGCUGAACAACACUUGUGUGAGUCCCCUCAAUGAAUGCGUGAAGAAGACGGAGACCGCCGUCAUGGAACUGCAAAAGACCAAGGACGAUCUGACCGACAACUGGAAAACGUGCGAAAACAUUCCGUCGUCACUAAGAGCCAUCGAGGAAAACCAUAAGAACCUGACGGAAGAUCAGUUGGAGAUUUUGAAUAUACAACGCACAAUGCAGGGGCUGCUGCGGGCCCUCGCCUGUGGCAACGACGUGAAAGGUCGCAUGAGUUGCAAACCUACAUGAGAGGAGAACAGAAACAACAGGCAAAAGUAUAUCUCUCGGGUUUUCUGCCGUCUGAGAGCUCCCCAAAAACCUUCACGAGCCGAGGCGCAUACAGUCUUGGGUGGUCUCAGGGGCGGAGCUUCAGAGGGGGUGGGGAAGCCGCCCCCGCCCCGCAGGGAAGGUGGUUCACGGCGGGCCCCUUACCUGGCUCCGGGCUGGGUAUCGAUGAAAGAGCUGGACGUGUGUGGGCUUACAGGCUGCCCAGGUCAGGAGGUUUGUGGCGUUAUCCCGAUAUGUAUGUGGAGUUACCCUGAAAUGUAUGUGGAGUUACCCUGAAAUGUAUGUGAAGUUACCCUAAAAUGUAUGUGAAGUUACCCUAAAAUGUAUGUGAAGUUACCCCGAAAUGUGUGUGAAGUUAUCCCGAAAUGUGUGUGAAGUUAUCCCGAAAUGUAUGUGAAGUUAUCCCGAAAUGUGUGUGAAGUUAUCCCGAAAUGUAUGUGAAGUUAUCCCGAAAUGUGUGUGAAGUUAUCCCGAAAUGUAUGUGAAGUUAUCCCGAAAUGUAUGUGAAGUUAUCCCGAAAUGUAUGUGGAGUUAUCCCGAAAUG